UUCGGAUAGUGCGAGUUAAGAUGUCGAUUAGUGAGAAAGUGAAUUUCACGUACAGAGGGCUCAUAGUGCCAGUAUUUUCUCCAUUUAACAACGAUGCAAACCGAAGUUUGAACUUGUCCUUGAUUCCGGAGUAUGCGAAAUUUCUCGCUUCGAAAAAUGUCACUGGCAUCCUCGUUAAUGGAACCACUGGAGAAGGUACGUCAUUAUCCAUUGCCGAAAGAAAAAGGGUAGCAGAAGUUUGGGCUGGUGCAGUGAAAAAAACCAAACAACAUUUAAUGAUCCAAGUUGGUGGAGCAAGUCUCGCAGAUGUAAAGGAGCUCGCUGCACACGCUGAAGGAUUAAACGUCGAUUCUCUUUUGUGUUUGCCAGAAUUGUACUUUAAACCUGCUACGGUAGAAAAACUAACGGAGUAUUUGCGAGCCGUUGGUGAAUGUGCUCCGAAAACGCCACUGCUUUACUACCACAUACCAAGUCAAACGUCAGUCAACGUUCACAUGGGGAGAUUUUUGGAGUACGUUGGCGACAAAAUACCGAAUUUCGCGGGUAUAAAGUUUACGAGCAACGAUUUGGACGAAGCUUAUCAGGCCCUAACGGCUAACGGUCGUUUUGCGGUUUUUCUUGGCAGUGACGUGACCAUGUCAGCUGGUUGUACUUUGGGAAUAAAUUCGUUCAUAAUGACGAGUUUGAAUUUCAUUCCGGAGCCGGCUUUGGAACUGUUGGAGUUUGAAAAGGGCAACAGGGAUUUGAGGGCUGCGCGAAAGAAUCAAGAGUUCAUUAUUAAAACCGUGAAAGAAGUGACGCGUUACGGCACUUGGGUCGAGACAAUGAAAAUUGCCAUGAGUUUGACGACGAAAUUCUUCAUGGGACCCCCUAGAGCUCCACUUGCGCUUCUAUCGAGAGAAGAUGUCGAAGCGAUGGCGGGAAAAUUGAUUGAAGUUGGCUUGACAGUGAAUAAGACUGAGGUUUUAAAAAUGUAUUGAUUUUUUAAUAAUAUUUUUA